GUCUUCAAAUGGAAAGGUCAAGGAGAUAAAGUCUUUCUUUCUGGAAGCUAUGAUAACUGGUCAACCAAACUACCUCUGGUCAGAAGUGGUUCCGAGUUUUUCACUAUCAAAGAAUUACCUCAGGGCACCCAUGAAUACAGAUAUCUUGUUGACAAUGAAUGGGUUGUACAUAAGAAUGAACCAAUUGUGGAUGGCAAGAUAGGCGGCCAGUGCAACGUCGUUACUGUCAACAGAACAGACUGUGAUAUUUUUGCUGCAUUAAGUGCUGAUGAUAUUAGAUCCACAGGUGUAGUACCUCUAUGUACGAACAGUGGUUGGACACAAGAUGUCCCUCCGCGAGGAACAGGGUACACAUUUAUGCGGAGUGGACCACCUCUUUUACCACCUCAUCUUUCAAACACGAUUCUCAAUUUAGAGACACCUCCACAGUGUGAUCCAACAAUUCUGGUGCAACCAACUCAUGUCGUGCUUAACCACCUGUACACAUUAUCAAUAAAGGACGGAGUUCUGGUUUUAGGCACAACAUACCGUUAUAGGAAAAAAUAUGUAACAGCUGUUUUAUAUAAACCUAUUUAA